CCUAAGUCUGAUAAAGACGAUUUGAUUUCUCGUUUAGCCGUGGCCGGUGGAAAAUGGUUGUGCUUCAUUUUAUAGUGACGGCAAUCAUUUUUGGACCUAUCGUCUCUUCUCUCAGUCCAAAAGAGUUCCCGUUCCUGAAGACCCAGAUUAACGACGAGAAGCAUGCCGCGGCCUUCAACAAGCUGCUCAACUCCAUCGUCAAGACCAACCGGAAACGACUGGACUCCAUCAACAAGUUGAACAAACUGCAGGCCAUGGAUGUAUACCCAUCGUUGCAAGACUCGCUCCGGACCUCAUCGCGUAGGGACAGCGACGAAUCCAGCAGCGAGAACAAUGAGAACAUCAUCUAUCUAGUUUUACCAGACUCAUAUUCAAUACCCAACGCGUCACAACACACCCAACGAGUCGAACCGCCAGCACCAACAACCGCUCCACCCAAGCCAUCGAAACCACCAGUGAGAUCACAGCCACAACCACCACAAGACAUACCUACACUUCAAGAUUACACCAAACUAAAGGGCCCAAACCCUAGUCCACCUUUAACUAACCCUAGUCCAUCAAUACAAACUUUAAGUAAAGAGGGUUUAGAUGCGCUACGUGUAAGUAUAGAAAGGUCGUGUAAAAGUAAAGAGGUGAAGAGAUGUAGAAACGCGUGUCAAGCGGCGGUGAAGAGCGCGUGUGACGAGUAUGAGUGUAGAAAGAAGUUGAAAAAAAAAUUAAAGAAGACUUGCAAGACGGAGUGUAAAGAAAAGUUCAAAAGUGGUUGGUAA